AUAUAAUAUAAUUUAAAAUAGCAUUUAUUGAAAUAUAAAUUAAAUAUAAUAAUUAAAUAAUUAACAUAUGAUUUAAGCUGAUUCAGAUUCAAGUAGACGAGUGGCAUACUUUUAUAAUAGACUGAUAGGGAAAUUUCAUUAUGGUAAGGAGCAUCCAAUGAAACCAAAACGUAUUGCAAUGGCUCAUAGCUUAAUAGUAAAUUUUGGGUAGUUGAGAAUAUAUAUAAAGAUAGACUAUAUAGAUCAUUGGAUGUAUAUUUGAUAAGAGAAGCAUAACUAGAGGAAUUAAAGAAAUUUCAUGAUCCUGAAUAUGUUACAUAUUUAAGUUAAUAUAUGAGUGAAAAUAAGGUAAAUUUUGUAAAGGAGUAUUGUUCAACAAAUAAUGAUGGUGUAAUACCUGAAAAUUUAUUGGAAGAAUAUAAAUUAAUAACAAAAUGGAGUUAAAAUAAGAGUAGUAAAAAUCUGAAUACAGAAUAUAAAGUUGGAGAUUCAGCAGAUAAUCCUACUUUUUAAGGACUAUUCUCUUAUUGUUAAUUUAGUGCAGGUGCAAGUAUAGAUUGUGCACAUACAAUAUUAACUGGAUAAGCAGAUAUAGCAAUAAAUUGGUCAGGUGGAUUGCAUCAUGCUAAAAAGAAAGAGGCAGCUGGAUUUUGUUAUAUAAAUGAUAUAGUUUUGUGCAUAUUGGAACUACUAAGAAUAUAUGUUAGAGUAUUGUAUGUAGAUAUUGAUUGUCAUCAUGGAGAUGGAGUAGAAGAAGCAUUUUAUUUAACAAAUAGAGUGAUGACUCUUUCAUUUCAUUAAUAUGGAGAUGAUUUCUUUCCAGGGACAGGAUAAUUAAAUUCUGUAGGAUUAGGAGUAGGAAGAUAUUAUGCAGUUAAUGUGCCAUUAAAACCAGGAAUAUCUGAUGGACCUUAUUUAGAAUUAUUUAAAAAAGUAACUAGUAGAGUAAUGGAAACAUUUCGUCCUGAUUGUGUUGUUAUAUAAUGUGGUGCAGAUUCAUUAUCUUUAGAUCGCUUAGGAGCAUUAAAUUUAUCUAUAAAGUAAAAUUUAAUUUAAAAAUUUAAGAGGUCAUGGAUAAUGUAUAACUUAUAUGAAAUAAUUUGGGGUUCCAUUAAUUCUUUUAGGUGGAGGAGGAUAUACAAUUUAGAAUGUAUCUAGAUGUUGGGCUUAUGAAACAGGCAUAUGUUUAGGAUAAAAUAUUGAUGAGGUAAUUUCAUUAUUUAAAUAUAUAAGCCUAUUCCUGCCAAUGAUAUUUAUUAUUAAAAUUACAAAGGAGAUUAUCAUUUACAUUUUCCAAUCUAAGAAAAUGUAGAAAAUAGAAAUAAAAGUGAAGAUUUAAAUAAAAUAGUAUCAUAAGUUUAUGAUCAUCUCAAAAAUUUAGAAAAUUCUCCAGGAAUUCAUUUUCAUGAUGUCCCUUAUUCAUUUUAUCCAAAUAUGGAAUUAGAAGAGGAUGAAGAUGAUAAAAUAAGUAUUUAAAUUAUAUCUAUUGUUAGAAAUGGAUUAAAAAUAAGAAAUAUCUUUAGGUGAAUUAGAAUAAGAAUUAGGAAUAUCUGAUGAAGCUAAUGCAAUAUCAGUUAACUCAGGUUCUAGAAAAUUACAUUCCAAAGAAACUUGA